CACUCAUCCCAAGUAAGUUAGUUCGUGGUAUUUUCGUAGUUGUUAGCAAGACGGAGGUCAAUUCGCUUAAGAGUCAACUAUCAUUAUUUAGUAUUUACUCCGUUCUCCGACCAACUUCAUUCCCUUGUCCUUUUCCGAUCGCAACUCUUUCUCACCUCUGCCAAAGGCUAAACAUAAUCCCGUCGAUAUUUCUCAUUUUUCCUGCUCCUUCAAUGGAAGACGAUAGAUCGCUUUCAUUCCACUCCGACCCAAUUCACCUCGCCGAGGAUACCAACAACCAAGGCUGGCAGAAGGUCUCCUACGCCAAAAAACAGCGCAAAAUUCAGGCUAAUAAAGCGGCGCCAGAUUCGUCAUCCAGGCUCGUCCUUCCCAACGGAUCCGACAAAGACAGCGUCUUUAAGGGUUUGGAGAAGCACGCGGAGGAGCGCCGCCGGAAAUUGGAGGCACAGCGGGCAGCUGCAGCCGAUUAUGACGAUGACGAUCAAAUCCAGGUGAGGUCGAGGAAGAAUCGGGCUGAUGACGACGAUUACGAGGACGAUUAUGGCAGUAGCGACGCCAAGGAGAAUAAUCUCGCGGAGGUCAAUAAGACAAAAAAGCCGAAGAAGGUUAAGAAGCCUAAGGUCUCUGUGGCGGAGGCCGCUACCAAGAUUGACGCCGAUGAUCUGGACACUUUUCUGUCCAGUGUUUCCGAAUCGUUUGAAGGGCAACAAGAUAUUCAAUUGAUGAGGUUUGCAGAUUAUUUUGGCCGUGCAUUUUCCGCCGUGACUGCAUCACAGUUUCCAUGGCUCAAGUUGUUCCGGGAGUCUGCAGUGGCGAAACUUGCUGAUGUUUCCACGGAUGUGUCAAAUCCACUAAUGGAUUAUUCUGAUGCACAGGUACCUGUUUCCUAUGUAUCUGAGUCUGUUUACAAGACAUCAGUUGACUGGGUCAGUCAGCGUUCCAUUGAGGCAUUAGGAAAUUUUGUGCUGUGGUCUUUGGAUGGAAUUCUUGCUGACCUGGCAACCCAACAACCAGGAUCUAAGGCCCCGAAGAAAGGGGGUCAACAGCCUUCUUCAAAAUCACAGGUUGCUAUGUUUUUGGCUUUGGCAAUUGUAUUACGCAAGAAACCAGAGGCACUGGUCACAUUAUUGCCAAAAUUGAGAGAAAACGUGAAGUACCAAGGACAAGAUAAGCUUCCACUUCUUGCGUGGAUGGUUGUUCAGGCCUCUCAAGGAGAUUUAGGUUUAGGGUUGUAUUUAUGGGUACAUAUUAUGUUACCAAUACUUGGAGGAAAAUCAGGGUCUAAUCCACAGACAAGGGACUUAGUUUUGCAGGUUGUGGAAAGAAUUCUGGCUGCACCAAAAGCUCGUGGUAUCUUAAUCAACGGUGCUGUUAGAAAGGGGGAGCGCCUGAUUCCACCUGCAGCACUUGAGCUACUGUUGCAUGUUACUUUUCCUCCAACUUCUGCAAGAGUUAAGGCUACGGAAAGAUUUGAGGCGAUUUACCCAGUUCUGAAAGAGGUUGCUCUUGCGGGUUCUCCUGGUAGUAAGGCAAUGAAACAAGUAUCACAACAGAUACAGGCUGUGACUGUGAAAGCAGCUGCAGAAGGGAUCCCUGCCCUUUCUCAGGAAGCUACAAGCAUCUUUUUAUGGUGUUUGACUCAGAGUGCUGAUUGCUACAAGCAGUGGGACAAAAUUUACGUGGAUAACAUAGAGACUAGUGCCGCUGCCUUAAAGAAGCUUUCUGACGAGUGGAAGACACUUUCUUCCAAGCAGUCUUCACCGCAAGCGCUUGCUGAGACCCUCAAGAGUUUUAGGCAAAAGAAUGCACAGGCGUUGAGUGGCGGAGCAGAUGUUGCCAGCCAAGGUUACUUCAAGGAUGCAGAUAAAUACUGUAAGACGAUACUGGGAAAAUUAUCAAGCAGUCACGGCUGUUUAAAAACGGUUGCAUUUACUGUAGUUGUGCUGGCUGUGGGGGCUGCAUUUGUGUCGCCAAAUCUGGAUGCAUUGGACUGGAAUAACUUGUCUGCUUUUCUCAAUGCCCAACUUUCCAUAUGAGAUUAAGAAACUGGGGCAGAUCAACAUCUGUUUCUUUUGUUUUGUUUUUUUUUAUUAAUCUUGUUCGGCUUUUGUCACUGAAAACUAACUACAGUAUGCUUAAAAUAAAGUGGUACACACGGAAGAGCUCUAGGCCUUUGUGUAAUAGCAACUUGUGUUGGAUAAUUAUCUUUUUUUUUUUCUUUUUUCCUUUUUAAAGGAGAAAGGUAUUAAAAAGUAAAAGGAUUUUGGAUUAUUGGGGUCAAUCUUCUUAAAAUGUAUUUCAUGUUGGCCUGUUGUAGUUCUCGAUGACGUUCUCUUUUGUUUAAGAAUAGCGCGUUAUUGUUUCUCUUCUGUUUAAGAACAAUGGCGCGUUAUUGUUUCUCUUUUGUUUAAGAACAAUGGCGCAGCACGUUAUUGUUUUUACUCUGGGCUGCCACACGUUUGGAUAUAAUUGUUUGUCAUAGCUUGCGGAAGUUUGAAAUCUAC